CGCAGCGACUUUCAGUCGUGACUUUUCCGGGGCAUUUCGGCGUUCCCUUUUUUUCCCUUUAAAGUAAAACGUCGCCCCGACGCACCCCCCGCGCGUUUUGGCGGGCGGAGGCGGUGGCCGCGGCGGCGGGAGGGGCGCGACGCUGACGCGGGCCGGGAGCCGACCGCCGCGCGGGGUCACGUGGGCGUGUUGUGGGGGGAGGGGCGCCGUCGCGCGGUCGGUUCCGGGCGGUUGGGCGCGCGAGCGAAGGAGCGAGAGGCAGCCGCGCCCGCCGCCGCCCCUGCUCUGUAUGCCGCUCUCCCCCGGCGCUGCCGCCGCGGAUCGCAGCAGCAGGAGUCGCCGCCGUCGCGGUUGAUGUGGUUGGGCCGGGGCUGAGGAGGCCGCCAAGAUGCCGCAGUCCAAGUCCCGGAAGAUCGCGAUCCUGGGCUACCGGUCUGUGGGGAAGUCCUCAUUGACGAUUCAGUUUGUUGAAGGCCAGUUUGUGGACUCCUAUGAUCCAACCAUAGAAAACACUUUCACAAAGUUGAUCACAGUAAAUGGACAAGAAUAUCAUCUUCAACUUGUAGACACAGCUGGGCAAGAUGAAUAUUCCAUUUUUCCUCAGACAUAUUCCAUAGAUAUUAAUGGUUAUAUUCUUGUGUAUUCUGUUACAUCAAUCAAAAGUUUUGAAGUGAUUAAAGUUAUCCAUGGCAAAUUAUUGGAUAUGGUGGGGAAAGUACAAAUACCUAUUAUGUUGGUUGGAAAUAAGAAAGACCUGCAUAUGGAAAGGGUGAUCAGUUACGAAGAAGGGAAAGCUUUGGCAGAAUCUUGGAAUGCAGCUUUUUUGGAAUCUUCUGCUAAGGAAAAUCAGACUGCUGUUGAUGUAUUUAGAAGGAUAAUAUUGGAGGCAGAAAAAAUUGAUGGGGCAGCUUCACAAGGAAAGUCUUCAUGCUCGGUGAUGUAAUGAUUCUACUGCAAAACCUGAGGACACUGGGAAUACAUUCUACCUGAAGAAGCAAACUGCCCCGAUAUCCUUUAAGAUAAACUAUGCUUCUUUUUUCUUCUGUUAACCUGAAAGAUAUCAUUUGGGUCAGAGCCCUCCCCCACCCUCAGAUUAUGUUAAACUCUGACUCUGUCCAAAUGAGUUCACUUCCAUGUUCAAAUUUUAAGCAAUCAUAUUUUCAAUUUAUAUAUUGUAUUUCUUAAUAAUAUUAUGACCAAGAAUUUUAUCGGCAUUAAUUUUUCAGUGUAGUUUGUUGUUUAAAAUAAUGUAAUCAUCCAAAUGAUACAUAUUGUUACACUACUAUUAACUAGGAGGCUUCAAUAUAUCAGUGUUUAUUUCAUUGUGUUAAAUGUAUACUUGUAAAUAAAUAGCUGCAAACCUUAA